AUGAUAUUGCCAGACAAAAUACAAGGUGAUCUUGAAGAGCAACAUAACAUCCUUGGAGAGCUGGAGAAAAAGCUCUACAUCACCAUCAAAAAUGUACAACAUGGCAUGACUCCAUCCAACAGCACUGACAUGCCCUCUCCAUGUUCAGGCAUGUAA